AUGUGGUUUAUUCUCAGUUAGUUCAAGUGAAGUUCUAAAUAGUAUGAAAAAUAUGGCAGAGAGAGAUAAUACAACAAUUCAUUCACAAUCAUGGGCUCGUAACAAUAGCUAUGUGAUCCCAGGAGUGUACGAUCUAACCCAGGAGGAUACUAACUGGGUGCUUACUUCCUCGUUUAUAAUUUUCACUAUGCAGACUGGUUUCGGUAUGCUGGAAUCAGGUUGUGUUUCGUUGAAAAAUGAAGUGAACAUUAUGAUGAAGAAUAUCAUCGACAUCGUGUUAGGUGGAUUCACAUACUGGCUUUUUGGAUAUGCGAUGUCUUUCGGGCGGGGUGCAUUAAACAACCCCUUUGUUGCGUUGGGUGAUUUUCUCAUCGACCCAUCUAUAGAGGAUCCUUUAUUUGGGCCGAUAUUUGCUGCCUUUCUGUUCCAGCUAUCGUUUUCCACGACUGCGACCACCAUCGUCAGUGGGGCAAUGGCCGAGAGGUGCAACUUCAAGGCAUAUUGCUUGUUCUCUUUUCUGAACACCAUCGUGUACUGCAUUCCGGCUGGCUGGGUGUGGGGUGAACACGGAUUCCUGAACAAACUGGGCGUCGUAGAUAUUGCCGGAAGUGGGCCGGUACACGUCAUCGGUGGAUCUUCAGCGUUUGCAUCGGCAGUUAUGCUUGGUCCACGUUUGGGACGAUACGCCCACGGUACGGAUCCCCUCCCGAUGGGCAAUCCAGUGAACGCUUGCAUGGGACUGUUCGUGCUUUGGUGGGGCUGGUUGGCGUUCAAUUCCGGAAGUACGUACGGAGUUAGCGGCUUCAAGUGGAUUUACGCAGCGAGGGCAGCUGUAAUGACCAUGAUGGGAUCGUUUGGUGGGGGAAGUUUUAGCAUUGCAUAUUCAAUGAUUCGUAACAAAGGCGGCAUGGACAUCGUGGAUCUUAUCAAUGGAAUCUUGGCAUCGCUGGUUUCCGUUACGGCAGGUUGCUUCCUGUAUCAUGCCUGGGAAGCAAUUCUCAUAGGAGCUAUUGGUUCAGCGUUGUGUUGCUUGAGCAUGCCUUUGUUCGACAAAAUGGGAGUGGAUGAUCCUGUGGGUGCCAGUGCAGUUCAUGGAGUGGCAGGAGUGUGGGGUGUACUUGCCGUUGGAUUCUUUGCUGAUAAUCCUAUACCACUGGGAACUACCAACGGAAGAUCGGGUCUGUUCAGAGGAGGCGGCUGGUAUCUGAUUGGAGUGCAAUCCCUUUCAGCGCUAUGCUUAAUGUGUUGGGCGAUUUGUGUCACUUUCGCGUUACUGUGGGUCAUCAAUAAGAUCGUUCCGAUUAGGAUGGAUCCAAAUGAAGAGCUGCUGGGAGCUGAUCUUAUGGAGCACAGAAUAAGACAUUCACAGAUCGGAAUUUCUCGAGCUCUAUCGGCGUUAGCACCAUUGAAAGUCGAUUUAGAUGACGUACAGAAAGCUCCGCCGAUUGGACGAAAUCCCGGCCACGAACAGUGCAUCGAUGAGAUACGUGCUGCAAGCCAAAAGUUGUACGAGUGGCGAUCCUUCAUGGAAAAGGUCUCACCACAGAAGAAAUUGGCAACCGAUGUGGUGGCUACUGAAAACACAGCUGGCAAUAGAGAUUCUUUUAAGCUGGGUAACAAAAAACGCAAUAAAAAUAAUACUCAAGCACUCGGUUUAAGCGGACGAUACAAAAACACUAUUGGUGGACCCACUCAACCGUACACCAUUGGUGGGCCUAACGACGGGAAUCAGGCGCAGAAAAAUGAUCCAAAUUUCGCUUGGAUCGAUUAAUUACUCAAAGCUGGUCUAAAUAAGAAUUUAAUGCUCAACAGAAUUUUACAGAAUGUAUGUUUGUUUACACUUUUAGUUUUAAGUUACAAUCAUAACUUUCAGUGAAUAAACAAAUAAUUUUCGAACGAAA